AUGCCCGAAGUAGAACUUACGGGAACAUUAGCAAUUGGCAGUGUAACAGAAAACUUGCGUCCUUAUUUUGAAGAAUUUUUGACAACACAGAAUAUAAAAAUAAUAGAUGCAAACGUGACUUUUAGUUAUCAGAAUUCACUGAGAUUGAUAUGUGAACAUAUUCUGCCAGCUUGUGAAAGGAUGCAACUUGAACUUAGUAAACUAAUGGGUUAUAGUCUAUGGACGCAAAGAUAUGGUGACUUCUUAGAAACGGACUCCGUGCAGAGUUCCAUCGAUCAUUUUUCCGACUUAAUAGCACGCCUUCACGAAUUUGCGAGUGACUUAAAUCAUUUGGCGACAACAUUUCAAGCAUUUAUCAAAUGGAUCACUAUGAUCACUAUAAAAGUAUCUGAUGAUGAUUCCUCUGUUGAGGCCCAAAACGAGUCUAGUUUAUGUGAGGAUCCCGAACUUGUAUUAGAGUUUCUCAACAAGGAUUUUAUAAAAGAUAGUCUAUCCGAAUAUUUUGUCCCACAGACCCCCAAAAAAGCCAACGUUGAAACUUUAUCAGACCUAUUGACCAAGGCGAAAGAGAGCUACUAUAAGAUGUUGAAAAAGCCAUCUGAUACCUUAUCGGAGCAAAUCGUUGUAACCUCAAAAGUGUUCUUUGUAUUAAAAGGCAUACUUCUGGACCAACAACCGAGAGAUAAUGUUAUUUCUAUAACAACGACUAAAGAGACUUAUUAUGCAUUUUUACAACUAAACCCAGAUCCAAAAUAUUCAGCAUUCCAAUAUUCACUUUGUGACAUACCAGAUGGGGUCGUUACAGACAUCGAAUUUUUUGAUGCUGAAGAAUUAGGGCUUUGUCUACAAAUUGAUGAGGAUAAUUCUAGAAUCGAGACUCUAUCAAUCAACAAAAUGAAAUUCAAAACAAUAGCGACUACAAAGUUAAUAACAGAGAACCCAAAGAUUGCACGAUCGCAUGCGUUGAAUAAAAUGAGGAAUACAAAAAUUGGCUGUAACGGUCGCCCAAAAAGACGAAUCUUUUCUGUGGUUGGUUCAAAUGGUCUUAUAAAAAUACUUGACAUGGAGGAUAAUCAAGAAGAAGAGUAAAGUGAUAAU